GAGCUCCCUUCUCGGGCAGGGAGGCGGCGAAGAUGGGCUCUCAGGACGUGCUCAGGGAGACCACCCGGCUGGCCUCCUCCAGCGCCCUCUUGCAGAUAUUUUUCAGGGUGAUUACCUUUGGCUUAAAUGCUUUUACUCUGCGAUAUGUUUCAAAGGAAAUCAUUGGCCUGGUGAAUGUAAGGCUAACACUGCUUUAUUCUACAGUUGUUUUCUUAGCCAGGGAGGCAUUCCGCAGAGCUUGUCUGAGUGGAAGUACAAGGAGGAACUGGACCAAAACUUUUAACCUUUUGUGGCUAACAGUUCCCUUGGGUAUAUGUUGGUCUGUAUUCCUAGGCUGGGUCUGGCUAGAUAUGCUUGAAAUUCCUGAUGGAAAUGCUGUUCCUCACUACCAGUUUGGAGUUAUUGCCUUUGGACUUUCUGCUGUGGUUGAACUCCUAGGCGAACCUUUUUGGGUUUUAGCCCAGGUACAUUUAUUUGUAAAACUGAAGGUAAUUGCUGAAAGUCUCUCAGUCAUUUGCAAAUGUAUUUUAACAGUUAUUCUAGUAGUUCUAUACCCUCAUUGGGGACUUUACAUCUUUUCCCUGGCCCAGCUUUUAUAUACCAGCGUUUUGGUGUUAUGCUACGUAGUGUAUUUCAUGAACUUUUUGGGUUCUCCUGAAGCAACCAAAAAAUCAUUUCCAGUUACCAGAAUGACAUCUAUUUUACCUACUUUGGUGCACGGUGAAGAACUUGUUAACUGGAAAGAAGCUAGAUUGACCUGGAGUUUUUUUAAACAGUCAUUCCUUAAACAAAUUUUAACAGAGGGUGAAAGAUAUGUGAUGACGUUCCUGAAUGUGCUAAAUUUUGGAGACCAGGGUGUAUAUGAUAUAGUGAAUAAUCUUGGAUCUCUGACAGCUAGAUUUGUAUUUUUGCCUAUAGAGGAGAGUUUUUAUGUUUAUUUUGCUAAAGUUUUGGAACGUGGGAAGGAUAUCAAGUUGCAAAAACAGGAUGAUAUCUCUAUGGCAGCAGCUGUCCUAGAAUUACUGUUGAAACUAGUGCUUCUGAUUGGCCUAACCAUUACCAUUUUUGGUUAUGCCUAUUCCCAGUUGGCUUUGGAUCUUUAUGGAGGUUCAAUGCUCAGUUUGGGAUCAGGGCCAAGUCUCCUGCGUUGCUAUAGCCUAUAUGUCUUACUGCUUGCUGUUAAUGGGGUAACAGAAUGUUUUGCAUUUGCUUCAAUGUGUAAAGAAGAAGUAGACAGGUACAAUUUUGUCAUGCUUGCUUUGUCCUUCCUAUUUUUGUGCAUGUCCUAUUUCUUGACCCACUGGCAAGGCAGCAUAGGUUUCAUCCUGGCAAACUGCUUCAACAUGGGAAUCCGAAUAACACACAGUGUCCACUACAUCUACAGAUAUUUUGUAGAGAGCCCUUACAGACCUUUAAAGGGCCUGCUUAUUUCACCAUCGCUGAUUUUUGUUUAUGUUGUCAGUGGGGUGGUCACAACUAUAUCAGAGGUAUUCCUGUGCUGUGAUAAGGGCUGGAUGGCCAGGCUAAGUCAUGUAGCUGUGGGAGCGCUGUGCUUCAUUGCAACUCUGGCUACCAUAUUUUUCACCGAGACCAAGCUGAUCCAUUUUGUCAAGACACACUUUUUAUCAAAAUAUAUCAAAGAAGAAAUAAAAUGA